AUGAAUACACUAGAGGAGAAACCACGUUCAUUGAAGGGUGUCAAACACAUCAUUCUCGUUCUAUCGGGAAAAGGAGGUGUUGGAAAAUCGUCUGUCACGACACAAUUAUCUCUCACGUUGGCUAAUGAGGGCUAUAAGGUUGGUGUUCUGGACAUUGACCUAACAGGACCUUCGUUACCGCGUAUGUUUGGCAUAGAGAAUAGCAAGAUCCACCAGGCAGAAAAUGGAUGGGUUCCUGUACAUAUGCCUGUUAGUUCAGAGCCAGGGUGUGCCAAUAUGAAGUUGAUGUCCUUGGGGUUCUUGCUUACUAAUCGAGGCGACUCGAUUGUAUGGAGAGGCCCCAAGAAGACAGGGAUGAUACGCCAGUUUUUCAAGGAUGUCAUUUGGGGGGAAUUGGAUUAUUUGAUCAUCGAUACCCCGCCAGGUACUUCGGACGAACAUAUUGCAAUAGCUGAGGAAUUGAACAAAUGUCCCGAGUUAAUCGAUGGUGCAGUCAUUGUGACUACACCUCAGUUGGUUUCUGUUAACGAUGUUAGAAAAGAAAUCAACUUCUGUGAAAAGGCUGCAUUCAAGAUCUUGGGUGUCAUUGAAAACAUGUCUGGAUUUAUUUGCCCCCAUUGUGCCGAAUGCACCAAUAUUUUUUCUAAAGGAGGAGGCGAAAAACUAGCAAAGGAAUUGAACUUGGAGUUUUUAGGUGCCAUUCCUAUAGACCCUACCUUUGUCGAUAUGAUUGAAAACCAAGGGACGCUAAAGAAGGAGAAAAAUGAAACCCUAUGUGAAUUGUAUGCACAUUCAAAAAUGUCUCCGCUAUUCAAAUCUGUUGUGGAACAGAUUACAGAAAGUGAUUAA